AUGGCAGCACCAGCUCAGAAGACCGACACGUCGAAGUGGUACAGCCCAGAUCCUCCAGAUAUCAAGCCUGAUGCCAAAGAGGUGCUCGAGAAGUACAGUAAGGUGCCGCCCGAGGAUAUUGAGGCUCAUGUGUCACGCAUUGUAGGUUCCAUUCCAACACUUCUGCUUACAGCACUCAACUCACCUCCUGCUCAGCGAGAUAAAGCGUGGGCGAUCUUCCCAUACCCAUGUAUUGGGCAAUGGCGCUUUCUCGACCUCGCGAUCAGCCAGCAUAGCCACUACCAGGAGGUCCUCAAUCGCAUGCGCACCGGAGAGCAAGUCUACCUUGACCUGGGAUGCGCCUUCGCCCAAGACAUCCGCCGCCUGGUCGCAGACGGUGUCGACAGCAGCCAAUGCUACGGCGCAGACCUACGAUUGGACUUCAUCGACCUUGGCUAUGAUCUGUUCCGCGACAAAGACUCACUGAACAGCAAAUUCAUCGAAGCUGACAUCUUCGACCCUGACAGCCCGCUGAAGCAGCUUGAUGGCGAAAUCGACAUCAUUGGUGCUUCCUCUUUCUUCCAUCUCUUCAGCUGGGAAGAACAGAAGUCCGCCGCACAUCAGGUUCUCAAGCUAAUGAAGCCUCGAGGCGGAAGUCUUCUGGUCGGUCGCCAGGUUGGAGCUCGAGAGCCCGCCGAGAAAGCUCGCGGGGUGCAGAUUGGCGCUGGGAGUAGGUUCCGCCACAACCUCGAAAGCUGGCAGAAGUUCUGGAAAGAGGUCGGAGAUGAAGCUGGAGUUCAACUACAGGUGGAUGGUACGGACAAAGAUAUUCCAGAUGCUUACAAGAACAUUCUCACUUUCGGAGAUCUUGUGCUGGAGUUUGCGGUCAGGAGACUGUAA